ACUCAGGGCAGAUAACGGGGGUCGCUGUGGGCAGAGCAUUGACUAGCUCGACGUGCUAACGCGAACUGAGACAUUGCCAGGGGCCGGAGUGUCUGCACCUCAUCUGUUUUAACGUGUUUUGAAAUGAGGAACCGAAGACGAUUUAUUUAGGCUUCAUUGUUUCCGACUGCGGUGUUUACCCGAAGUCUUGGCCUUAUUUUAGGAACCUGUGAUGAUUCUAAUCUCAUAGCAAUAGAUUAGAAAAGGAAGCUAAAGAGUCUAGACACUUUGCUCUUACGACAGUUUAUUGAUUUAUGUAAUAGGACUUUUGUUUUUUCUUUGACAUCCCUCCUUGAUGGAAAAAGCUGCUUUUAAAAACCGAGUAAGGUAGUCACAGCUGAAAUGAGAGUAGCGUGAGGAUAUUAACUUUGUCAAAAUAAGUUACUGUCAAAAGUUGUGCCACAUGGCCAAAGAUCAAUGGUAGGACCUCUGUUUGACGAAUACAUUAGUGUUCCUGUAUCUAAAGUGGUUUAAGCAAACUGAAAGUUUUCCUAAAACUACCCAAAUUUGACUUUCCCACCAACUUAGGUAUCUCUUUCUACAAAAUUUGACUUGAACCUGAACAGAAUAUUUAAUGCCUCACUUCACAGCUCAGAAUUUAGUUUAAAGUCAGAAUUUUUCAUUUUAUGAAAUAGAAACUAAUAUCGCUAUUAAGUGAAUUAUAGCAGACGCUUACAUUGCUUUCUGAACGACUUGUGCCCUUCCCCAUCUCCCACCCUCCGUCUACACAGGACGAUGCCAUCUCCCUGGAAAAGACCUUCCACAGUCCCCAAUUCCAGGUGUAGCACUUGCGAGUUUCCCAUAAUACCCUGCAGAUGGCUACUAUUUCAUUUACGGCAUUGUUUGUAAUUAUCUGCUUGUGUCUGUUUUUCCACUGCCUCUCUCCUAGGACUAUGACACAGUUUUUGGAGAGGUGGCAUUGUCUUAAUGCUUUUUUAUUCCCAAGACUUUGCGCAGAACCUGGCCCAUAAGUGCUUGGUAAAUGCCUGUUGAUGAAUUGGGUGAAUUAGGGACUCAGAGUGCCUCCCAAGUCAGAUAAGACAGUGUAAACUUUUUAGUUAUUUUGCAGCAUGCUUGAGGUUUUUCCCAACGGAAGGACAGUGGGCUCUAUGGGGUACAUACAAGAACCACCCAUGUAAGAAUUUGUCUGAAGACAAGAAGCCUGCAGUUGACCUGGGUGCCCUAGGCUUUCCGACUGUUUCUCAGCAGCAGACAGAGCACCCAGCUCUGCUCUGAAGCAGUAUGCACUCAGUGUGCUGACAGUCAUUCUGAUUUCCUGUGUGGCUAGUCCUGUAAGGGAAAGAACCGCAGCAAUUAAUGAUGCCUGGAAGUUGACGUACAUACAUAUUCAGAAAUGUUUUGCCACCUGAGACCUGUAAGGAGCUUGUGUCUGGAGAAGGCAUUCCCACACUGGUUUUCCUGCUCGAGAGCGUUCUCAGGAGCCGAAGCGGUCAAUGCUCUGAGGCCGUUCUACUUCGUGGUGCAUCCCGAUUUCUUCGGCCAGCACCCCCGGGAACGGGAAGUUAAUGAGAACUCUCUUCAGAAAUUAAGUGUCUACUUAGAAAAUCUCCAGAAACCAGGCUUCAGGUCUUUGAAACCAACGCAGCUCACAUUUUAUGUAAGAGAAACAGACCAACAUUCCCCUGACAGCCAGGAAACCUUCAGUACUUUCGGAUUUCGAGCAGUCAAAUUUACUUUGCACACCAGAGAUCUGCUAAGCACAGUGUUAUAUAUUCUCAACUCCUGCAGUUUGUCAGUUGAACACGUCCAAAGUUCGAAUAGCAGUGUGCACCCCCAGCCUCUCAAAGAGGCCAGAGGGGUGCCUGACAGGCCCAUCAAAUGGGACAAGUCUUAUUACUCCUUUACUGGAUUCAAGGACCCGGAUGAAGACCUCGAACAAGUCUCGAGAGCAGAAACAACCCUAACAUCCUGGCUAGAUAACAAUGGGAAACGUGCGGUUAAAAGGCUGGAGAACAGUUUGCCACUCAGAAAAGAACUAGACCGUUUAAAAGAGGAGCUGUCUCGUCAGCUGCAGCUCUCAGACAUCAGGUGGCAGCGGAGCUGGGGCAUCGCCCACCGCUGCAGCCAGCUGCAGAGUUUGGGCCGCUUGGCACAGCAGAACCUGGAAACACUUAAAAAUGCUAAAGGAUGCACGGUGAUAUUCACAGACCGCUCCGGGGUGAGCGCAGUGGGCCAUGUGAUGCUGGGGACGAUGGACGUGCACCACCACUGGACCAAGCUUUUUGAAAGAUUACCAAGUUACUUUGACCUCCAGAGGAAGCUGAUGUUUUUAGAAGACCAAAUAAGCUAUCUGCUCGGCGGCAUACAGGUUGUUUAUAUUGAAGAAUUACAGCCAGUACUGACGCUGGAGGAAUACUACUCUCUUCUCGAUGUGUUCUAUAACCGACUGUUGAAAAGUAGAAUACCUUUUCACCCUCGAAGUCUGCGUGGUUUACAAAUGAUCCUCAACAGUGACCGAAAUGCUCCAAGCCUGCAUGAUCUCGGGCAUUUUAACAUCCCGACGCUCUGUGACCUCGUAUACCUGCAGUGGUUCCUGCUCACCAAAGCCCAGCAGGCCAGAGAGAACAUGAAGAGGAAAAAUGAGUUGAAGGUUACUGAAAGUGAAUUGAUACAGGCUUCAACAAAAAGAUUUUCCCUGGAAAAGUUGUAUAAGGACCCCAGCGUCUCGAGCGUCCAGAUGGUGGACUGCUGUACGAGACUGCUGGACCGGUCGCUGCCCUGGCUGCAGGGGAUGCACCUCUGCGUCUCGAACUUCUACUCUGUCAUGCAGGAUGGCGACCUCUGCAUCCCCUGGAACUGGAAGAAUGGAAGAGCCACUAAGUAACCAAGAAACCUGCAUUAUUUUUAAAGAGAUAAGAAAGAAACCUUUGAACGUAUUUAAACCCACGAUUCACUACAUUGAUAUUAUUUACCUGCUCCAAGAACAAAGUGACUGCUGCUGCUAUAAAAGUAGACCUUUUUUAAAAGUUUCAUUUCUGUUGGGAAACUUGUUUUCAAAAGGUUUUAACUCCUAGUCUUAUCGGAUUGGCAAGACUAGGUAAAACGCUGUUGGGAAAAAAGAAUGUAUUUUGUGGUAUGUAAGUGAGGCAUUACAGAGUUAACGAUGUAUAUUUUUAUAUGAGCAAAUGUGGGUAAGCGUGGGGCCCUGUUCCACACGGAACCUCACAGUCACGUCUCGUGCAUGAGCACACGCAUGCGCUCUGCAGCCGGCAUGGAGAGCUGGUGUCCAAGACAGAAGACUGGUGGGCAGCAAGAACUAGACGACCGAAUUUUGCCGAACAGAGAAUAGAGGGGAAAAAGCAAUCGAACAGAUAUGUGGUACUGACAAUGAACUCAGCAGUCAGAUACCAGUUUGUUGAAACAUGCCCAGUGGCAGAAUGUAGUGUUGAGCCCGUGCAUUUUCCUUCCCCUUGGAACGGUGUGACUGCAGCAUGAAACCAACGGACAGCAGAUUUUCUGGAAUCAUUUAAUGAGGUGACUCGUUUGUUGCCGUGGAAAACGCUAUCCAGAAAAUUCUUGUUUCCCAAAGAGUUCCAGCAAGUGGGGUCAAGUGCAACAUGGUUCCAAACACUCGAGUUUUCCGUCACCCCUCUCAGCCUGUCUUCCCGUUCCGGCCACCGUCUGGAGUGCUGGUUAAACCCAGCGAGCCACCCCCACACAGCCCAGCCCCAAGGGGCGUGGUGUGGCUGCUCUGUAGACGCUGCUCUCUGCGGUAUGGGGUUAGAAACCCCUUCAGCUUGUUUCUGCGGAAGACAAGCUGUGUCCUAAUUUGGGACACUGUUUCCAUGCCUCUUAGUGCUGAAACAAUGAGACAGGAACUUUCCCCAGUGCGUUAGAAAGGAAAGAUGUUUAGAAACAUUCUGGAUGUAUGUUUUAAAUCAAUCUAAAACACUGAUUAUUUAAACUUUAAAUGUGUUCCAAAGAAAUAUUGAUUUGUAGUUUUUACAGUGUGUGUGUGUGUGUGUGUGUGUGCGCAUAUCAUCCCUUUGAACCUGUGCCUAAUGGCUGUACUUCACGUUGUUUUCUAAUGUGACAGACCUUCCCAGAGUCAAAUGACGGGAGUGAGAAAUUCCUUACCGGUUACGUAAGAAAAUUUAUUGGAAAAAUGCAUUUGGAUUAUGCCAUUUCUAAAAUCAGCUAAUAUAGGACCCUCAGUAAUACGUUUUGAAUUGAAAUUUGUCUCAGAACUAAUUGUUACAUAAUAAAUAUGUCAAUCAGA